GCCCAGCCGAUACUGCCCAGAGUCCAGGCCACAGGGCUUCGGAGGACUUGGGUCAGCGCUGCAAAGGGGGGUGUCCUGCGGAGCUCCUGCACAGCGUCCCGGGGCUCAGGCUGGGGUCUGGGGCAGGGCUGCGGCGGCCACCCCCUUGGGCUGGGAGGAGCAAGAGAGGCCCCUGCCAGCCUGUCACAGGCUCUUGGCAGCCUGUCACUGGCUCUGGCUUUCACAGGCUCAAACACACACACACACACACACACACACACUGGCAGGCACCCUCUCGGUGGCCUCCACGGUCUCAUCUUCAGUAGGUCCUGCCUCCCAGGCUCAGAGCUGGCUCCGUGGGGGACACAGUGACAUGAGAGGCACACCACAGACCCACCUUCUGGCCUUCUCCCUCCUCUGCCUCCUCUCAAAGGUGUGUGCCCAGCUGUGCCCGACGCCCUGUGCCUGUCCCUGGCCACCACCCCGAUGCCCACUGGGGGUGCCCCUGGUGCUGGACGGCUGCGGCUGCUGCCGGGUGUGUGCACGGCGGCUGGGGGAGCCCUGCGACCACCUCCACGUCUGCGACCCCAGCCAGGGACUGGUCUGCCAACCCAGGGUGGGCUCUGGACUCCGAGGGGCUGUGUGCCUCUGGGGAGAGGAUGACGGGAGCUGUGAGGUGAACGGCCGCCUGUACCGGGAUGGGGAGACCUUCCAGCCCCACUGCCGGAUUCGCUGCCAGUGUGAGGACGGGGGCUUCACCUGUGUGCCCCUGUGCAGCGAGGACGUUCGGCUGCCCAGCUGGGACUGUCCGCAUCCCAGGAGGGUUGAGGUCCCUGGCAAGUGCUGCCCUGAGUGGGUGUGCGACCAGGGAAGGGAGCUGGGGGUCCGGCCCCUCCCAGCCCAAGGACCCCAGUUUUCUGGCCUUGUGGCUCCCCCACCCCCUGGCGCCCCCUGCCCAGAGUGGAGCACAGCCUGGGGCCCCUGCUCAACCACCUGUGGGCUGGGCGUGGCCACUCGGGUGUCCAACCAGAACCGCCUCUGCCGCCUGGAGACCCAGCGCCGCCUCUGCCUGCUUGGGCCCUGUCCACCUGCCAGGGGCCGCGGCCCACGGAACAGCACCUUCUAGAGCAGGGCUGGGGAUCUGGGGGCUCAGGGACCGCCCUCCCCAGCAGGCAAGCCAGCGCUUGGGCCCUGAGUAGAAGGCAGAUGGCCCCUCCUCACGCCCUUGGCUAGGCAACGGCAUCCAGGCCCUGGAGGACCAGAAUGUUCACAAGCCGUCUGCUCCAUCUGGACCCUGAGAUAGAGCCGGGAUGUCUGCCCCAGCCCUCUUCCUCUACCUCAUGGCCUAGGGGGCUGGCCAAGGUUUCCAGGGUCUUCUGCGCCAUUCCCAACAGCCUUUAUCAAACAUGUGCAUAGGCAAGCUUCCCAGCAGAUAGGGCAACCAGCUGUCCCUUAAUCAUCAGGCCGAGGCAGGUGCUGGGCUGGACUGGCUAUUUUUCUGGGGGUGUGGUGAAGAGGGACACACAGGUAUUCUGAAUCUCCUGCUUCUUUUCCUGGAAUGACAUAAAAAUGUCCCUGUAUACGUGUCUGUGCAAGAGCUUAUAGGUCAGGCUUAUGCUGUCUGAGAAAGCUCCCCCACACCCCACCAUCUAGGGUAGAAUUCAGAGGUCGCAUGUUUUGUGAAAGUCACAAGGUGAAAUCACACUGUCUGGAAGACAGUCGGAAAACAGGCCUGAGAGUGAUCCGUUCAACCCGACUUGUAUUCAUAGGAAUGAACCUUGCUCAGACACCUGCAAUGUACCAGGCGCAGAGCUAGACACUUUAUAUAUAGGUUGGUGCUUUGCAACAUUUGAGACCAGAGGAAAGUAGGGGAGCAUGAAGAAUAGCCCCCUGGGGACUGGGAAACAUGGCCUGAAAUAAACCAACCCAAGUGUGAAA